UUUUAUAAAUCAAUUAUGGGAUUCAUUGCAUUUUUAAAAGACUAUUUUCUUGGUUUCUGGGACUAUGAGACCCCAAAGAUCAUGGUGGUUAAAAACACAACUCUUGGAGUCAUAUACAGAGGAGUUCAGUUUAUUGUCAUCACCUACUUUGUCUGGUACGUGUUCAUAAGUCAGAAAGCGUACCAAGAGAGCGAAACACGUCCUGAAAGCUCUGUUUACACUCGCAUGAAAGGCUCAGCGAUUCGUGGCGAUCAAAUCCUGGACACUGUGGAAUAUGUCCGACCAUCAGAGGGUGGUGAUGUCAUCAGUACAAUACUGAGACGAGAAGUCACAUAUGACCAGAAGCAAGGAACCUGCGCCGAGUAUUUUGAUGUUGCAAAAGCCAACUGCUCAAGGGACUCAGACUGUGUCCAAGGAGAGGUGGACUUUGAUGGCCACGGUCGGCGGACUGGAAGGUGCAUUCCAUAUUACAACCGCACCUUUAAAACCUGUGAGAUCCAAACGUGGUGCCCUAUUGAGGAGUAUGCUGUGCAGCGAGAACCAGCUUUGGUGGAAGCCAUCAAUUUCACAGUAUUCAUCAGAAACUCCAUACGCUUCCCAAAGUUUGGAGUGCUGAGGGGUAAUAUUAAAGAUGCUUCAAACAAGCGCAACAUGCACAAAUACCUCAGCAGAUGUCAGUACGAUGAGGAGAAGGAGCCCUACUGUCCAAAUUUCCGACUAGGAUAUAUUGCCCAUCAAGCCCGGGAGAACUUCAGUGAGCUCUGCAGGACGGGAGGAGUGAUUGGUGUUUUCAUAAAUUGGAACUGUGACCUGGAUCUGGAUCCUUCCCGUUGCAAGCCCAAAUAUUCCUUCAGGCGUCUUGAUCUCAGAAAGGAUCAAGCCAACUCUGGAUACUAUUGCAGGUUUGCAAAAUACUACCGCAAAGACGGGAUAGAGUCUCGGACGCUUGUCAAAGCCUACGGCAUCCGCUUGGACAUCAUUGUUCAUGGACAAGCAGGUAAAUUUAGCCCAAUCCCAACCAUCAUCAGCACAGUGACUGCCUUGACUUCAGUGGGAAUUUGCACUAUUUUUUGUGACUGGAUCAUGCUGACAUUUAUUGACAAGGAUGACACAUACAGAGAGAGAAAGUUUGAUGACGUUGUUAGUGAGCCUCCCGUGUCAGUUCCUCCACAGCUCCUUUACAUCACCAGCUUCAGCUCCAACCAUUCAGACUUGUCAGACGGUGUGCCGCUCUGA